AUGAACUACAGUAAAUGGAAAGCCAUUGAAAUAUUUGACGUUGAAGAUGAUGCACAUCCUUUUAUCGACAAGUCAUCAUUAUUCCGAUGGAGACAUCAGGCACGAAUAGAACACAUGGAAGAGCAAAGACGAUACAAGGAAGAAUCUGAAAAGUUCAUAAAUAAUUCUGAAAUGCUACGACGGUAUAAUGCCAGCAAACGUUUCCUGACGCGUCAAACAGAACAUGAAAGUGAACAUACAGCAAAUUAUUUGGUUAUUUGGUGCACACAUUUGGAAAUGGAGGAGAAACAUGACCUAAUGAAUCAUGUGUCUCACCUGCGUAUUUGUAUCCAGUACAUAGAGGAACGGCACAAAAAGUCUAUCCUUUUUGCUUCAUAA